UUGUUGUGUGAAAACUUUGGUCUGGGUGGGAGAAGGGACAUGGAAGAGUUACGGAAACUAGAGAAGGUACAGAGGAUGCUGGAGUUCAUGGAAUCACGAGGUGUUUCAAACUCCAAUCACCACUCUAACCGCUUCCUCGCUAAUUUCAUUAUCUUCAUGAUCCAACCCUGCGGAGAUCUUGCCAUCAACGACAAAUGCUGCGUGCUUUCCCAUUUUAUUCCCACUCUCUCAUCUUCAUUCCUCGAGGACGCGUACAAGCACCACCAUUUCACCACCACCACCAAUGAACAAAGUUCUGGUUUUCAACAAAGUAUUGUAGGAGAUCCUUUGCUUAGUUGCAAUCAGACCGAAGAAUACAGUUUAUUGCAAAGUUGUAAUGACAACAUGCCCGUGGUUGGGUUGGACUCCAUGCAAAUGGCAAAUUCUACCCUUGAGGAUUUUUGCAGGUCUUAUUUUAUGUUUCAUGGAUUGGAUAUAAGCAAGCCACAAUCAAUCUUCAAACACUUACCUAUUCUUUCAUUCACAGAGAGCUAUAUUUAUCAGCUUGAUAAAAUGAAUGAGAAAUUGCUGCAAACACCCAACAAUGAAAAGCAUGUAUCUGGAGAAAAAGAUAAGAGGGGAACCGAAUUAUUUGUUUCUUGCUUCUCAAACGACCCACUUAGACCACUUUUGACUAUUCUUGAACACAAAGGCCUUUUGACAGAAAGGAUAAGAGAAGAACUUAGACAUGGAGCAGAGUACUGGACUCUCGAAAGAAAACUUUGUUCUGCGCUAAUAAACAAGGAGGAGAUUCUUGUUGAGGAUGUGAUGAAGGCUGUUCAUUUAAAGUCUUUUGAUUAUCGAGUGCUAAAUCUUCUUCUCUAUGAACUGCAAGGGACCAAGGUAGAGGAAUUGCAUAUGGAAUUUCUCUCAAUUUCGGAGUUCCUAGUGGAAGUUUCUGACGAUCUGUAUGAUUAUGAGGAUGAUGUUUUAGAGAACAGUUUCAAUAUUUUGCGCAUGUUUAUCCGAAUAUAUGGACCUUCAGCUGCUCCUGCUAUGCUGGCAAAACACAUUAGUGAGGCUGAAGAAAAGUAUGAAUGUUUAUUGAAAUCACUUGAUCCACAUCUCUCUUUGAACUACCAGAAAAGAUGUGCAGAAGCCACUAAAGAAGGUGGAAAGGUAUCAGAGUACCCUCUUGGCACUUGGACUUUUCCAACCGUGAUUCAGGAUGAGGAAUCGUAUAGAUUAAAAUUGAAGUCAGAUAUUUGAUGAGUAUGAACUUGAACUGUAUCCAUCAGGACCCUUCGUAUGAGGAGAAAAACAGAUUAGGUUCAAUGCCUCCUACUUGCCACAACAAGUGCAACCAGUGUCAUCCAUGCAUGGCAGUGCAAGUUCCAUCCAUUCCUAGUCACAACCGAGUCCACCCUGUAGCUAUUUCUCCGAGUUCUGCAAUGCAGGGUUUUCUUCUCCAAGGUAACAGCUAUUCCAAUUACAAGCCAAUGAGUUGGAAAUGUCGUUGUGGUGACCACUUUUACAAC